UCUGUUGCUUGUGUGUGUUUUCUUUUGAUGUUUGUAUAAGUUAUAUAUUUAUAAUAAUCAAUACAUAUAUAUCUAAUGGCUGGUUUAGAUUUAGGCACUGCUUCUCGUUACAUUCAUCAACAACAACAACACCAACACCAACACCAGCUCCAUCUUUCUGACUUGCAACUCCACAGCACUACUCAGCCACCGGAAAACAACAACAACCACCACCAUCUCUUCUCAAACCACCAAGAUGAAGAUGGUGGUGGUCACGAGUUGGUCUCACCCAACUCAGGAGGAGGUGGUGGUGACAUCGUUGGCCGGCGACCAAGAGGCCGUCCGGCUGGAUCUAAAAACAAACCAAAACCUCCGGUUAUUAUCACAAGAGAAAGUGCCAACACACUGAGAGCACACAUCUUGGAAAUUGCAAACGGUUGUGAUGUUUUUGACUGCAUAGCGACUUACGCGAGAAGACGGCAAAGAGGGAUCUGUAUAUUAUCUGGAAGCGGGAUUGUUACAAAUGUGAGUCUACGCCAGCCUGCUGCCGCGGGGUCCGUGGUUGCUUUACACGGACGUUUCGAAAUAUUAUCUCUUUCAGGUUCUUUUUUACCCCCACCUGCCCCACCAGGGGCCACCAGCUUGACUAUCUUUUUAGCUGGUGGACAAGGGCAGGUGGUUGGUGGGAACGUGGUGGGGGAGUUGACCGCCGCUGGCCCGGUCAUCGUUAUCGCUUCUUCUUUCACUAAUGUUGCUUAUGAAAGACUUCCACUAGAAGAUGAUGAGGCGGAAGUCGGUGGUGGGAUGCAGGCUCAACAACAAGCGGUUUCACAAACAGACGCCGGGGCUGGAGCUGGGGGUAUAAAUAGCAACAACAACGCGUAUCCGGACCCGUCUUCCGGGCUACCGUUUUUCAACCUACCACUGACUAUGCCUCCAAAUGUUCAUCAGUUGCCAGUGGAGCACUACAAGAGUAAUAAUCCAAGUGCGGAUUACCCACGGAAUAAUAACAACGUCAACAAUAAUAAUCCAUUCUAAUACAUAUAUGGACCAGGUACCCCAACUUUGUUGUUUGAUCAAUAUUGGCCGGGUUAAUUAGAUGAUAUCAUGUAGCUUGUUUUGGAUGAUCAUAUGUUAAGCAAAUUAUCAUAUUAUUGCAUUAAAACUACUACUACUACUUCCUUAUUCCUUC